AUGACCACUACCCCUGGCUUGUCUUUUGGAGCAUUCUGGAGCAUAUGGGACGUGAGGAGCAAGGAGGACUUGGCACAUGGACGCAGCUCAACUGGAUACGCAAAGGAAGAAGGAGGAAGCCAUCUUGAAGACCAGCUCGACCAUCUACUCGACCAACCGGUCGAGUUCCUCAACUCGACCGGCCAAGCUUCAACUCGAUCGAGCUGA